AUGAGUCUGUACAGCGCGACGCAGGAAGCAGUUUGGCUUCGAGGUCUGCUCAAGGAUCUGAACUACUGUGCGAAGAACACGACGACGAUUUUUCAAGACAAUCAAGGUUGCAUCGCGUUGGCCAAGAAUCCUGUGUACCACUCGCGCACGAAGCACAUCGACAUCAAAUUUCACUUUUUGCGUGAAAAGGUUGCAAGUGCAGUGAUCGCGCUAGAGUUCAAGCCAACAGAAGAAAUGGUCGCGGAUAGAUUCACCAAGGCACUUCCAAGAGACAAGCACAGCAAGUUCAUCACGGGUCUGUGUAUGGCGGUGUAG